CUUUAAGACCGCACGACAUAUACUUAACGAAAGUUAACGAAGCGCUCAUUACGAAGUGUGUAUUAUGAGAUGACUAUCCCACAAGAAUUUUGUAUGUUCGACAACUCACUCAUGCCAUUUUGACAUAAGCCCAUGCGCGCUCAUGCAUAUUGAUAGUCAUACCUUUAGGUUCUAUUCUUAUCGGCAGCUGUGUGUUCAUUUUGUUAUAAAUGUAAACUCCUGUCACCUAUUUAUGGUGAGAUUUUAUACCCCGAGGCGCAAUGGUUAUUGUAAUGAACAAUGACGUCAAAGUUCUGGGUUCGUAUUAUCCCACACUCACUUUAUAAACCCAUUUUUUCAGAGGUAGGUACUGCCUCUUGUGAAGAAUUGACUAUUGGCCUAACUAACAUUUGCAUUUAAAAGACCUAACCACUUACAGGCACAACAUUUUUCAAAUGCGAUAGUGGCAACCAUGUUAAUUUAUACCAUUCCACUCAAAAGCUCUUGAGGCAAGCACUUCUUGUUAGUGCGAACUCCCAAAGACCAACCAACUCCAAAUCAAUCAAAGUAUCUUUUGGUUCGUAUCGUACUCAAUGCGGGACGGUUAAACUGACAUUAAGAUUCAGUCUUGAAUAGUAGUUCGAGCGAGUAACUUUAUCACUUUUUUCAACUCCAAGCUUAAGUUUUUUUUUUUAAUUUGGAAAGUUUAUGAUCUAAUGUGUUAAUAUUUUUUUUAUGUUUUGUUUCCCUAUUUUUAUUGACUUACCAUUACGUGAAGUGAAAAUAAAUGAGAGAAGAAUUAGUUAGUAAAACAAAUAGUUAAAGUAGCUCCAUGAAGCCGGUCAGAAAUGUGUUCUUUUAAAUGAACAAAGACCGGAAUUUUGAAAAAAAAAUCGACAGAAUCUUAAAAGACAAUCUUCUGAGUUAUAUAACUAUUUUUUAAUCAAAAAGCACAUAAUAUCUGGUUUAUGUAUCUGUUUUCUGUUGCACAUGUCCAUCAUACCUACUUGUUGAUGUUGUAAGAAUCUCUCUGUGUGUAAUUUUAUUUAUUAUUAUACUACUUGCCACACUGGUUAAUGAUUUAAAUUUAUUAACAAGAAUUUUUUGAAAGUCUAAAUAAGAGUGCUGCUUUUUUGGGCUACAUACUAAAUUAUUAAGCCUGCGAAGUUUAAUAAAAGGUGUUAAAAGGCACAAGUCUUGCGAUGACUUUGAAACAUAAUGCUUGCCAAUCAACUACAAUGCCACAACAACCUCGUCUUGGGAUUUUGCUAUGCUGUUUUGGAUUGAUGACAUUAGCGGCAUGCAACGAUAAUCUUCGUGUUGCAUACGAAUGGAAAGAAAUCGAUUUUAAGUACCCCAGUAAGGAACUUAAACAGCUGGCAAUCGAAAGUUAUGAAUUUAUACCUGAGAAUGUUAUACCAGUCGGUUUGGAAGUAUACCGUUCAAGGCUGUUUGUGACGCUGCCACGAUGGAGGGAAGGCGUUCCAGCUUCAUUGGCUUACCUUGAUCUUAAUGAUAAUACAACAAAAUCACCAGCUCUAACACCAUUUCCCAGUUGGGAGGCUCACAAUUUUAACGAAGACUCACCUGAAUUAGUAUCGCCGUUUAGAGUACGCGCUGAUAGAUGUGGUCGUUUGUGGGUAUUAGAUUCAAGAAUUGCCAAUAUUUUAGACAAAUCAACUAUUUAUGGAUCCGCUCAACUAUUGGUUUAUGAUUUACAUAAUGAUAAUCUCCUGAGAAAGUACGUUUUUCCAAAAGAUCACAUGAAAGAAAAGUCUUUUUUCGCUAACAUUGCUGUUGAAGAUGGUGACUGUGACAAUACAUUUGCAUAUGCAAGCGAUUUAGCAGCCCCAGGCUUGGUAGUCUAUUCUUGGAAGAGUCAAGAAUCAUGGAGAGUUCAUCAUAACUUUUUUCAUCCAGACCCACUUGCUGGCAAUUACAGUAUCGGUGGAAUUAAUUUUCAAUGGGAUGAUGGUUUAUUUGGAUUAGCCCUGUCUAAAGCUCAACCUGAUGGCUAUGCGACCCUAUACUUUCAUCCUUUGAGCUCUACAAUGGAAUUUUCAGUAUCAACAAUGAUUUUGCGUAAUAAAACUCUCGUCACUUCAAAUUCAAUUUAUAAAGAAUUCAAAAUUCUUGGAUCAAGAGGUCCUAAUGCUCAAGCUGGAGCUGCCUUCCUGGAUCAAUUAACUGGAGUUCUAUUUUAUGCUUUGCCCAACUUAAAUGCAGUUGCAUGCUGGAAGACAUCAAAUCGGGCUUACACAAUCAAAUCACAAGGGCGUGUCUAUAUGAGUCCCGUAGAAAUGGUUUUCCCAAAUGAUGUGAAAGUAGAUGAUCAGGAUCGUUUAUGGGUUCUUUCAGAUCGACUUCAUGAAUUUAUCUAUUCGGAAUUAUAUCCAGGAGACUUUAAUUUUAGAAUUUUAACAGCACAUGUCAAGGAUGCAAUAGAAAACACAGCCUGUGAUAUAAAAACAAAACCUUUCCCCGACAUUAUUAAUAAGCUUGGAGAUAUUUUAAGACCAAAUCGAACAAUGUCAUCUUGUAGCCCUAUUUUCGCUUCUCAAGUUUUGCUUGCUAUUUGCAUUGCAAUAAAAUUGGUUUUGUAGUUUAAUAUAAGUUUUGAAACUUAUAUUAAAAAAUAUUUGUAUAAAAGUUAAAAUUAAAGUAAAUCAUAACUACUUUUAUUAGCUUACUAAAAAAAGUGGUUUUUUAUUGUAAAUAAUAAUCAUUUAAAUCAAUAAAACAGUGAAUGGAUUUUUAAGUAAGAAAUAAUACAAUUUAUUUUUAAACAUUGAAAGAUUUAGAUUAUAUGUAGAUACAAAGUGUUUUAUUUUUUUAUAUUUAGUAAAUGUUUGUGUUAUUUUUAAGAAUUGUGAAAUAUUUUUUAAGAAUAUUAGUCAUAAAUAAAUAGAUUUUUAAGAAGACAUAGAAAAACAAAAACAA